AUGGAAACGCAACGAGCCUACAGCCCUGUUGGAGCUUCCAACCUGCCCUUCCACAAGCAGGUGAUGGCAGGCGCACUGGCCGGUCUUUGUGAGGUGUUGUGCAUGUAUCCUCUUGACGUGGUGAAGACUCGCUUCCAGCUGCAGACCGCGGCCGAGGCUCGCUACUCGUCUGUCCUGGGCACCUUCCGCGACAUCAUCAAGACUGAAGGGUUCAGCAAGCUGUACCGCGGCAUCGCCUCGCCGAUCAUGGCCGAAGCGCCCAAGCGAGCGAUGAAGUUCUCGAUGAACGAGCAGUACAAGAAGCUCUUCACCAACGCCAGCGGCCAGCUCAGCGGUCCGGGCCACGUCGCCGCGGGCGGCUGCGCCGGUAUGACCGAAGCCCUGGUCAACUGCCCCUUCGAGCUGGUCAAGGUCCGCAUGCAGGCGCGGUCCAACGCGGGCCUGUACAAGAACACCUGGCACGCGGCGCGGUCCGUCAUCCAGACCGAGGGCGCGUUGACGCUCUACCGCGGCUUCGGCUCGAUGCUGUGGCGCAACGGCGUGUGGAACGGUGCCUACUUCGGCAUCAUCCAGCAGGUCAAGCGCCUGCUGCCCGUGUGGUCGUCGGAGCGCGGCCAGCUGGCCACCAACUUCACCGCCGGCACCAUAUCCGGCCUCAUCGCCACCAUGCUCAACACCCCGUUCGACGUGGUCAAGUCGCGCAUCCAGAACACGCUGCCGGGACAGCCGCGGCGCUACACCUACACCCUGCCCGCCCUGGCCACCGUUGCGCGCGAGGAGGGCUUUGCUGCGCUCUACAAGGGCUUCGUGCCCAAAGUCCUUAGACUCGCCCCCGGCGGUGGUAUCAUGUUGGUUGCCUUCGACUUCUUCGCUCGCAUUCUCUGA